UUUUGCUAAUAUUUAAGGAAAAUAACCUAGAAGAUCUUAAAUCACUUAAGACCCACAAUAUUGGUAGUUCGACAGGGUGUAACAGAUUUCUACAUUAUUUUUAUGAUUAUAGGUUUUAAAUAUUUUCUUCGUUUCUUAAUAAUCGCAAUAGUUUGACUGACACAAUUGUCAAUUACUUCAUAUGUAUUGAAAAAAAUUACGAAAUAAUACAAAAUGUUGCAAUUAUUAUGAAAUGAAAGUUACUUUAUGACUUUCACAUUGAGAGUGGUAAGUCAUAAAUGGAAAAUGGCAACUAGUAAAUCAAAUUUUAGAGUGUAAAAAUCACUCAUACCCUAAAAAAAGAAAAAAAAAAAAAAAAAAGUCUCACAAGUCAGUUCAUUCUUCCUCAACAUCCAAAUUGCCCUCUCUAUUCUCUGUCCCCCAUUAUCAGUCUUUUGUAUGACUAAUUUCUGAUCAUCAGAAUUUUGCAUAAAUCUUAAUCAUCCAUGUAAAGAGCCAUGGAGAGCGUUCAGCCAAAUGUGAUGUGCCCUCCUCCACCUCGAACCUUCAAAGAUAGAGAGGAACUUAUUACAUAUGUUCGUGAUUUUGGUGUGAGCCAGGGUUAUGUGUUGACUAUCAGGAAGUCUAAAAGAGACAUCAAUGUUGUCCUUGGCUGUGAUAGAGGAGGAGGUCGUCGCAAUAGACACAAGUCUGAGGCUCCUAAGCGCAAGAGAAAGGAAAACUCACGCCUCAUAAACUGCCCUUUUGAGAUCAUCGGUAAAAAAGAAGAGGAUGUUUGGGUGCUUAAGAUUAGAAACGGAGAACACAACCAUGAACCCUUAAAGGAUAUGUCAGAGCAUAGAUUUAGUCGUCGCUUCAAUGAAGAAGAGGCUAGGCAAGUUAAGGAAAUGAUUGAGGCAGGUAUAAAACCACGCCAAGUGCUUGAGACUCUGAAGCAAAGUAAUCCACAACUUCAGUCCACCCCAAGGCAUUUGUACAAUCUCAAAACUAAAAUUCGUGAAGGAAAUUUCUCAGAAAGAAGUUUUAAGUCAUGGAGGCCUAAUGCAUCUUCUGUAGGCACUUCCAGCGACAUUGUGGAGCAAAUGAAGGUAUCCAAUUUAAUUGGUGGAAAAUUUGUGGAAUCACAAGGAGUUGUCUUUGUUGAUGUUAUCAAUCCUGCAACUCAAGAGGUUGUGUCUCAAGUGCCUUCAACGACAUUUGAAGAGUUUAAAGCUGCUGUUUUUUCAGCAAAAGAAGCUUUUCCUUUGUGGAAGAAUACACCUGUUUUCACUCGACAGCGUAUUAUGAUGAAACUCCAAGAGCUCAUACACAGAGACAAAGAGAAGCUUGCCUUGAUUAUCAACACUGAACAGGGGAAGACAACAAAGAGUGCUCAUGCUGAUAUCCUCCAUUGGUUAGAGGUGCUUGAACAUGCUUGUGAGAUUACAACUGUACAAUGGGGGGAGUUUAUGGCUAAUGCUUCUAAUGCGACUGAUAUGUACUCCAUCAGGGAACCUCUAGGUGUUUGUGCUGGGAUAUGCAAUUCUAACUUCUCCUCUAUGGUCCCCUUGCGAAUGUUCUUAGUUGCAGUUACAUGUGGGAAUACAUUUGUCCUAAAGCCAUCUGAGAAAAAUCCAGGUGCUUCAAUGAAGCUUGCAGCAUUGGCCAUAGAGGCAGGCUUUCCUAAUGGAGUCUUAAAUAUUGUUCAUGGAGGCAAUGACAUCGUUAAUUAUGUAUGUGAUGAUGACGAUAUAAAAUCCAUAUCAUGUGUUGGCGCCUAUAAGGAUUGUAUGGACAUAUAUGCUAAAGCAACUGUCAGAGGGAAACGUGUUGAGGUCAAUUCAGGGUCCAAAAAUCAGGCUGUUGUCAUGCCUGAUGCAUGCAUGGAUGCUACGCUUGAUGCUUUGGUUGCUUCUGGAUUUGUUGCUGCAGGAGAUCCCUACAUGUCACUCAGCUCAGUGAUUUUUGUUGGAAACGCUACACCAUGGGAGAAAGAACUUGUCAAACGUGCUAAAACCCUAACAGUAUCUGGAGGAACAGAUACAGGAGCAGAUGUGGGUCCAGUACUCAGCAAGGAGGUGAAGGAUGGAAUAUGUAGAUCAGUACAAACUGCUGUUGAAAGUGGUGCUAGACUUAUUCUUGAUGGAAGGGACAUCAUGGUUCCAGGAUAUGAGGGUGGAAAUUUUGUUGGCCCGACAAUCUUGAGUGACGUCACAGCUAGUAUGGAGUGUUUUAAGGAAGAUAUUUUUGGACCAGUAUUGCUAUGUACACAGGUCCACAGUUUAGAAGAUGCCGUAGCCAUCAUCAACCGGCACAAGUUUGGGAAUGGAGCAUCUAUUUUUACUACAUCUGGUAUUGCGGCAAGGAAGUUUCAGAAUAUUGUUGAAGUAGGGUUGAUUGGGAUCAAUGUUCCUGUUCCGUUUCCAUUGACAAAUUCUUCAGCUGGAUCAACAGAAUCCUAUGCAGGCAAUAUCAAUUUUCAUGUAGGGAAAGCAGGUAUUCAUUUCUAUACACAGGUGAAGAUAGUUGCACAACAAUGGAGGGACCUAACCUCCAAAGGAAUCUUAUCAAGCAAAACCUUGACAUCUGAGGAGGGAGCAUCAAAUCAAGCUGACCUUCCAGUGACCGUGUCUUCAUCAUCAGAUACAGAUUCUUUCAGCCAUGAACCCUCAGAUUCAGUCCCAAAAUCAUCACGAGAAAUUACAGAUCUGAAUAGGCCAGUAAAUGGACCUUCCAUUCAAAAUGACCUGUCCUGCACUGCAACAUCAAUGUCAUUUGCUAGCACAUCCGGAGUGAAUAUACCUCAAACAUCUACAUUCACUGAGGUGUAUCCCUCCACAACUCAGGGCCUCGACAAUCUUGCCAUGGAUCUAAGUGCAGAGAGAGGAAAUUUGUCAAUGGAGUCUCACAGGAAUAAUCUAGACCCACAGUUGCUUGUUACUUCUGAGAGUAGUUACAUGUCAAUGGUAUCGCAUGAGAUGGGACUUAUUUAUGAAUCUGAAAGAGCUUAUACAGCUGCAGCUACAAUUUCUGAGCAAAUGUCUGUACCUACAAUGAGUGUGAAGAUUGAACCAACUCCGAGGUUGUCACAUAUGCCUGCAAUGCCCCCAAGGGCUUGUGUUCACCCUAUGGUUGGGGAUACUAGUCAUGAGACUCAUGACCAAGCACCAUCAUCGGUAUUACGUACAAUAGAGAGUGUGAUGAUUGAACCAGCAAAUCAGAGGUUGUCAUAUAUGCCUACAAUGCCCCAAAGGGCUUGUGAUCUAAACCCUGUGGUUGGGGAUAUUAGUCAUGACCAAGCCCCAUCAUCGGUAUUGCCCUCUUGUGAAAGAAGAAACUUUUAGCAUUAGGCAUUCAGCUUCAUAGAUUGUGUAGAACAGGUGACUUGACAUUAGAUUCUAUUGUUGAUUUCUUAACAUAGUUAUUCACAGAAAUUGAACAUCCAUCUUGGGUGAAAGAGAGAGGACUGAGCUUUGGUAAAAUUUAUUAAACGCUGAUUAUCAUGUUGCCAUCUCCCAGAGUCCCAGUCUCCUACCAUUGCUGUCCAAACACACCAUAACUGUAUGUUAUAUCACCUUGUUUUGAUUUGAGUAAUGGUACCCACUCUUGUGGUUUUUAUCUUAG